AUGGCUCCCGCGAGGAAGCUCACGCGGACCUCCCUCUUCGACAGGUCCGCGCUCGUGGCGUUCCUGGAGGACGGCCUCGGUCCGAAGCGCAAGGAUGCCGCCGCGAAGCACUGCCGCGCCAUCCUGCACGCCGCCGUGCGCGACGCCGAGGCCGGCCUCGACGCCGUGAAUCUCUCCGAGUCCCGCGUCCCCGGGAUACCCAAGUUCGCCCGCGACCAGAUCCCGGAACGGUUCGCGCUCAUCACGACGACGAUCGCCGAUUGCCAAACCUCCAAGGAUGGCAGCACGACCAAGAUGGUGGUGGAGCUCCAGGACGGGCACAGGGUGGAGAGCGUGGUGAUGCGGCACGACAAGGGGCGGGUCACGCUGUGCGUCUCGUCCCAGGUCGGGUGCAAGAUGGGAUGCACGUUCUGCGCGACGGGCACCCUGGGCGAGCUGGGCAACCUCACGUCGGGGGAGAUCUUGGAGCAGCUCGUGCACGCGAACAGGCUGUUCAACGACGACGGAACCGGCGCGGGGCUUCGAAGGGUGUCCGGGACGGCGCACGGGGUGCGUAACCUGGUGUUCAUGGGCAUGGGCGAGCCCCUGAACAACUACGACGCCGUCGUUGGCGCCAUCGGUCCCAUGACGGACCCGAACGCGUUCGCGCUCGCCCCGUCGAGAGUCACCGUGUCCACAGUCGGCGUCGUCCCCAAGAUGCGCAGGCUCGUGAGGGACGCCCCGGGGGUGUGCCUCGCGCUGUCGCUGCACGCCCCGAACCAACGCUUGCGCGAGAAGAUCGUCCCCACCGCGACGGCGUACAAGCUCCCGGAUAUACUCUCCGCCCUCGACGAGUACCUCGCCACAGGUCCGAAGGUUCGCACGAUGAUCGAGUACUGCGUCCUGGGCGGGGUGAACGACACGACGGAGUGCGCGAGGGAGCUCGGAGAGCUGAUGCGCCACCGCGACGUCAUCGUGAACCUCAUACCCUACAAUCCCACCGCGACUCCCAUGGGCCACUCCCCGCCGAAGAUGGAGGACGUCCGGGCGAUGUGCGCGGUGCUCACGGGUCCGGAGUUUAACCAGUUCACCACGGUGCGGCACGAGAUGGGGCAGGACAUAUCCGGCGCGUGCGGGCAGCUGGCGCUGAAGAAGGGACCGAGCGUCGGAAACGGAAACGGCGGCGCGGGGGGGUGCGGGACCGGGGACAUCGAGGACAUCGGGGGCGUCGUUCGCGGCGCGGCGGGCGACGACGGCGUCGGGCUGAGGCGCCGGGGGGGAUCGGGGGGAUCGGGCGGCGCCGGGGCGGCGGGUGGAAGGCGGUCAAAGGCGGAGGUCGACGUCGAGCGCCCGCAGUGGACUUGGGAGGACGUCGCCUUAGUUUUCUUGCUGGUCGUGGCGUUCGGGUCGUUCGCGGUGAUGGUGGCGUCCCUGGGGUACCAUCUCUGGCACAUGGGGGAGGCGGGCGAGGAGCACUGAAAUCAGUCACGAAGGUACAUGUGUACCUCUUCGUUAUAAGUGUUAGGCUAUAAAACGUACGAAGGCACCUUCGUAUCAAUGAA